CUCAUUGAGCGAGAGUCCACGCCCAGCGUGAGAGGAGCCGCAGGGAAAGAACGUCUCGCGCCUCCACUUACAGUCGGGAAGGUGCCAGCAGUAGAGGACUGGGUGUCCAGCUUGAACAACUGCAGAGAGGAGCACUUCAGAUUCGGACUUGGUUUCCACCAUGAGGGUGUGUGCAGUGCUCAUGUUCAUCCUGGGCUCCGUUCACCUGGUUUCUACAGAGCCCAACUGUCUCUCGGCAAUGGCCACCUUUAUAAGCGGACACAGUCCGUUCCCAGAGCUGACAGUGGUAGCGCUGAUCAACGACGUUCCCGUGGAAUAUUAUGACAGCAACAUACAGGAGUUUGUCUCUCGAAGACACUGGAGGGUAAAUGACACCAUAGAAGGAAUUGAUCUGAAAAACUUUGCAGCUGCUAAAUUUUCCACUGCCAUGAGGAUCAUGAUGAAUCAGUUCAAUCACACCACAGGACUUCAUGUCCUACAGUGGUUUGCAUCCGCCCUCCUGCAGGAUGAGAAACUGAUUACAGCUUUUUUUAAAUUGGCUUACGCUGGAAUGGAAAUACUGCGGUACAAUUCCCUCACUAACGAACUGUCUGCACCCCCACAACGGGAUGUUUUAGACGAAUCGCAAAAGGAAACCGUAAAACAGCUUUAUUUAGAUAUCUACCAGCCUAUUUGUCUGAGGACGUACAAAAGAUGCCUGGAGCGGGACAGGGACGUACUGCUGAGGAAAGUCCAGCCCACAGUGAGGGUCAUACGGAAGACAGAGCCGGACAGCGGAAGGACACGGGUGAGCUGCGUGGCCACCGGCUUCUACCCCCGACGCGUCAACGUGACCCUGCUGAGGGACGACCGGCCCGUCCCAGACCGGGAGCUCACGGGAGGACAGGUGCUGCCCAACGGAGACGGGACCUACCAGCUGAGAAGGAGUCUGAGUGUCAGUGAGGAGGAGCUGAGAGAGAGACACCGCUACACCUGUACUGUGUCGCACCUGAGUGUGGACAACAAGCUGGACGUCAACUGGGAAGCAGAAGCUCCUGCAGACACCGUGCUCAUCAGCGCAGUUCUCAUCGCUGUCCUGGGUCUCACUGCACUCAUCAUCAUCAUCAUCACAGCCACUGUCCUCUGGAGGAGGAGGAGACACGCUGGAGCAGCGGCGAACAGCAGCGAAACCUCUGCUGCUAUGAAAUACACUGCAGCGCACAGAAGGAGCCAGCAGUAGAAGACUGGGUCUCCAGCUUGGAGAGGUGUUCACAUGGGUCCUACAGAUGAGAGUCCAACAUGUCAGAUGAAAGGCUCGACUGUGAAUCGCUCUCGGCGUCUUUGACCGUUGACCUCUGACCUCUGAGGGUCCAUCUUCACAACUCAUCCUGCUGGAUCCAUGUGCUGAAGAGGUGGAAGAACUUCAGUGAGAAUGACGUGUUUAUUGUAUCGUGUAUUUUUGCAGCUGAUGCUUUUCUCCAAAGCAACUUACAAUAUUAUGCUUGUGCACUGAGCUACUUACACUGAUUUACCCCUUUUUUACAUUGCAACAGUAAGUGAAACUGAGUCCUCAUCCUUCCGUUGACACUCUAAGCGCUAAACAUUUAUCAGCUCUUUUCUCAUUUAAAAAGCUCAACAUGAUGUUAAAUUCUGCAGAACUUCAGGUGCUAAAAAAUAAAGUUCCGUAAUCCUACGAAACCGUAAAAAUAUUUGUAUGCGUGACAAUGACGACACCGAGCAUUUUAGCGCUGCGCUUUCGUUCGCUGCAAAAAACACUUUUUCUCCGGAUGGAGACGUUCUCGUGGUUUGGCUCACGGCUCCUCACGAUUAAAGUUCCCAAGAAGCCCGUCGAUGCCCCGAUGCAGAGCAGCUGGAGCCUGCACAGCGUUCCUAACACGUGUCUGACAGCGCACCUUCGUCGUCCGACCGCCUUGCACGGGGCUUCAUUUGCGCUCGCAAACAUCUUGGCGUGUUUUAGCGAACGGAAGGACAGCGCCGGACACAGCGGCACGGAGACAGGAGGAGCACGCCGAGAAAGCGCCGAAACGUCCACGUCGAUGGAGCCGGAGCGCAAGGCAGACACGAGAGGUUGCAGAACUCGGCUCUACCCGGUCAGUUCCGAAAAGGUGUCCAGAUGUUUCCUCUCAGCCGCCACCUAGAGCGGAUCGAGUUCAAACGGAGACACUGGAGCGAGCCACACGUUUCCCGGGGAACUCCAGCUCUCCACCACCACAGUGUCGCAAUUCAUUUGCUCACCGCAUACAGCACGGAGGAGCGGUGAGGCUACAUUCCAGAAGCUGGCGGGCAGAAGAACUGGGGCUGCGGUUUCACAAUCGCCAGCUGCGAGGAAAGACGCACCACUUCCUUGUGACUUUAGGAGGAAGGGACUCGUUUUAAAGGGCGACCAGGCAUGGAGCUCGUGCAAGUGUUCGCGUGCACAGGGACACGCGGAGGCGCUUUUCCUCGACGUCUCGCGUUCGGCGUGAAGGAGACCCAGCCGGCGAAGGUCGAGAUGCGCUGCGUGGAUCCCGGAGCUCAUUUUCCCGGGUCGCCCUUCCGUCUGGGCUUCUGCUCCCGCCAAAGGGAGGCCGGAACGCCUUCCUCGUAGUCGCCCUCCCCCCGCGAACUCCGCGUCGGAGUCGUCCCGGUGGCUCUCCUGGACCUCCGUCUGGACGGGACGGACACGCAAAGGGAAAGGGGCAGAGAGAGGGGCGUCACAGAGGCGCGCGAGCGGAGAGGCACCGAGACGCUUACUUUUCCAUACGUUCACGUAGAGGACUCUUCUCCCCCAGAGCAGCCCAGAGCCCGUUUCACAGCACAGGAGUUUCAAGUUUACACUCAUUCUUUUAUUGGACACCUUCCUCUAAGGUGUUCAGCCACUGGCCCUCAGUUGCCCAUUUAUACCCAUUUAUAGAGCAGGGUCCUUUUUUACUUGGUCAAGGAGGGGCGACUGAAACCAUUCAAACCGAGGGCCCUGGACUCCAGUGGCUGCAGCUCCACCCACUACAUGGGCGGCUGAGACUCACUGUGACG